AUGGACCCGGCCCGGCCCACGGUCGUCACAGAGAAAGUCUGCAAAACGGUGCGUUUGCUAACCUUCUUUAUACAAAACGGCGUCGCCAAAAGCAAAGUGGUGCACGACAUGCUAGACGUGAUGAAGCGAGGGAAGAACAUAGGGAAGGCUUUGAACAACGUCAUGGUGCGGCACCACGAGGCCAUCACGUGUCGCUCACGUGAUGCCCACAUGUCGUUCGUGUCCCCGUUGGAGUACCAGUUCAGCUGCAGCGGCAGUCCUCCGCGCCCCUCCUACGCCUCCCGGAGGAAGCUCUCUCCGGCCACCGCUCAACGACACAGAGCGCCCAGGCUGUGUCGCGGAGCCGGAGAUGACGAGCUGACGGGGACAAUACAGAGGCGCGUGAAGAUCACGGGCUCCGCUGCAUCGAUGUUGAAGGAGACGGAGAAGGAUUUCCACGUGGAUGAGGCGGCGGAGGAGUUCAUAGCGAGGUUCUACAGAGAUUUGAGGUUGCAGAAAUGGUUAGAUCAUUAUUGCUGA